AGCUAGCUAGUAGACAACUUUAAGCGCGAUUGAUACCUUUUUUCGUGUUUAUGUACUAUACUCAUAUGGUUUUCUAAUCGGUUGUGAUCUACUUGAAUACCGUUUUGAGAACUCGCUUUUUAUUUCAACCUAACGCUAAAAUAAACUAGCGAACGGUAGCUACUAUGUCGGGAGGCGUUGUGCGAGGCCCUGCAGGAAAUAACGAUUGUCGUAUUUACGUCGGAAAUCUACCCCCUGAUAUUCGCACCAAAGAUGUCGAGGACGUGUUUUACAAAUACGGAGCUAUUCGCGACAUCGACUUGAAAAAUCGGAGAGGGGGGCCUCCCUUUGCCUUUAUCGAAUUUGAAGAUCCCAGGGAUGCCGACGAUGCAGUUUACGGACGAGACGGUUAUGAUUACGACGGUUAUCGGCUGCGAGUUGAAUUCCCUCGGAGCGGCAGGGGUGGGGGGAGAGGCGGCUUUGGUGGUGGGGGGGUUGGUGGCGCCCCUAGAGGCAGAUACGGGCCGCCAUCCAGACGCUCCGAGUAUAGGGUCAUUGUCUCAGGGCUACCCCAGAGUGGCAGCUGGCAGGACCUCAAGGAUCACAUGCGUGAGGCUGGGGAUGUAUGUUAUGCUGAUGUUUUCAGAGAUGGAACUGGAGUUGUGGAGUUUGUACGCAAAGAAGACAUGACCUAUGCCGUUCGAAAGCUGGAUAACACCAAAUUCCGAUCACAUGAGGGAGAGACCGCUUACGUUCGCGUGAAAGUAGAUGGUCCCCGCAGCCCGAGCUAUGGAAGAUCACGUUCCAGGAGCCGCAGUCGAAGCAGGAGCCGCAGUGCAGCCAGUCGCAGCCGCAGCAACUCUCGCGGUGGUGGUACCCGUGGUGGCAGAGGAUCUCCUCGCUACUCUCCUCGCCAUAGCCGCUCUCGCUCCCGUUCCUAAACUCUGUGUUGCCCUUUUGGUGGAUCCCCUGUAAACAGUUCCCCUUUCCACUUGUUUUUACCCCCUUUUGAGUUUUUCCAGAAGUCAGCUAUAGAUUUGAAUUUUUGCAUAGCAUCUCCUGAUGUCCUAGUGGAAGGUCUUGGUAUGUAGGUGUAAACCCUCCCCUGACCCUCCCUACUUUAGUCCUUUUGUUUUGAUCCCUUUCAAUUCAUUUUGAUUUACCUAUUGUCUGUCCUCAAUUUUUGCAACACUUGAAACCCGAUUGUUCUUUUUAAUGAGAUCAAUGUUUUUGUAAGUGUUGGAAAAUUGAGAUUAACUUUUUCAUGGGAUGGCGGGAGUCUCAUUGCUAAACUGUUUUACCCUUGUGUCUUCCUUUAGACAUCUGAAGAUAAGGAUUAAAGAGUGAUUUGGAAUAAAAGUUGUGGAGCACAUUUCAUUUGUUUGAUCAGGAUAGGACAUCUUAGGAGGAGUCAGGUCGAGGCAAUGGUAUGCUUUAGUAUUGAUUAUUUGCAUCUAUCGAUAAAAUGGUUGCUACAAGAUGCAUGAUUGUCUCUUGAAUGUAGCACAGUUUUCUAUAUCAUAUAUAUACUUAUUGUUUGGCAACCUUUUUAAGCACUGAUAAACAGUGCAUGUAUUAGGUUUUGUGCCAGGACAAAUGUCCUUAGGUGUACCUUUUCAACUUUAAUGUUACAUAAGAACCCAUUAUCUUUUAUUUUAUAGAUGCUGGUUUAAUUUGACAGGGGCUCUGGGCUUGUUUCAGCUCAAACAUUGAGAAAUAUAUUUUAAAUUGAAUUUCAUGCUUUUGGUGCUCAGACAUUUUUUUAAUUGAUCAUUAGAAGUGACAUGUCAUGAGUGCACAAUUUAAGAAGUGGGCUGGGCCCAAAUCAGACAUGAUUCUAAUGGUUUCCCUCUGAUUUUUUUCCUGGUAUUUCAAGGUUUUGAUUGGAGGAGUGGCUCAGUGGAUCCCAAUCCUUGGAGCCGGAUCAGAGGAGCGUUUAGGGAAGGGAUAGGCAAGAAUGGAUGCAUGGAACGGGAUCCAUUUUCCAGGAAUCAAAUCAAUUGAACUAAUUAAGGAAUCCUAGAUGCAACUUUUUGAAUGGCCCAGUUUAUUUCAAUUUUUGAGCGGUAAAUAUGCGCAGAGUCAAAGGAUAAGGAUUAUUUACGUUUUUGGAGUAAGAAAAGGAAACUGAGGACCAGGAAGUUGGAUCAAAGGAUGCAAGGAGUCUGGUAAAUAAGGCAUUAAAAUGUGGGAUGGUUGGGGAUUAUAUUUAGUAUAGUUAGUCUGUCUUUAUUACUUAAAUUUACUUUACUCUUUCAGUUUAGCAUUUUCAAUAAAAUCCUGAAAAGACA